CAGUGUCCGGAUGAACUUCGUCGUCGUUGAGAAACAGAUUCCGAAAUAACAGACAUCGCAGUACCGCAUAUUAGGUACCAGACUCGAUUUCCUCCGAAAAAACAACAACAACAGCGUCAACAGCAAAGCCAAAAUGUUUCUGUCGUACACCGUUGUGACCGUGUUCGUUUUCACCAUACUUUUAAACUUCAWCUACGUGGACUCCGACAAUAUUAAAUUUACGUCGUGUAAAGAAUGCUUGCAAUCGCAGUGCCACACCAAAAUGUUUGGACCGUGCAUCCCCUCCACAAAGGACUCAUCGACUUUCGAGUGUGUCAUGUGUAACAUCGACGAAAAGGGACACCCUCUGUUCUACAGCAAAGAAAUAUGUAAUAAGCAGAAGAAGGACGAUGAAAUUUGCUUCUGCAAAGGCCAGUGUUACACGAGUCCCAAAUUGGGUAGCACCGACCAUAAAUAUUUUCCGUGCGACAGGCCCCCCCAGAUGUUGAACGAUGAGUGUAAGUUAGUGAAUUACAAUAUACCCAGYCCAUGAAACCGUGCAGCCAUCAUCAUGAUAUUAUUUAAUAUUAAUAUUAAUUACAUUAUAUUAUAUUUUUUUCAACUAUGA